AAAGAUAAAAACAUAAAACUGAAAGAAAAAAACACGAUUAUAAAAGAACAUUUAGAGACAGUUGAUAAGAGAGAUUCAUUAUUAAAGGAAACUAAUGAAAGAUUAGAAAGUGUUAAUAAACAGCUUAAAGAUAAAGACUCACAACUGGAGAAUCAGAUCAAACUGCUGAGAGAGAAAGAGACUCUACUGGAGAUCACAGUGAAAGAGGAGGAAAGCAGUAAAAAGAAGCUGGAGACUCUGAGAAAGGAGCUGCAGGACAAGAGCAGCAAACUACAGGAGAUGAUGAUCCUACUGGAACAACAGAAAACUGAACUCACCUGUCAGCAGAAAGAGUUAGAAGAGAAAGAACAACAACUUAAACACACAGCACAACAGAAUUCAGACCUACAGACUGAAACUGAAACCCUGACAACUCUCAUUUCAUCACAGACGACUGAUUUAACUGAAAAGACUAAACAGCUCAAAGAAACAAAACACAUUCUCUCUGAGAGAGACAGACAGCUAAUGGAGAGAGAAAAACAAGUGGAGGAGAAAGACAGACUUCUGACAGAAAAUACAACAACACUUCAGAUGAAGGAGAAGAUUUUAGAAGAGAAAGACAAACUUCUCACAGAGACACAAGAUGAACUGAGACAAACAACAAAGACAUUAGAGAAUCAUAGAAUACAAAUGGAAGAAAUGGAGAAAAGACUUGUGGAGAAAGAUGAAGAAUUAAAAGAGACAAAACAAGAACUGAAAGAUAAAAACACGAUUAUUAAAGAACAUUUAGAGACUGUUGAUAAGAGAGAUUCAUUAUUAAAGGAAACUAAUGAAAGAUUAGAAAGUGUUAAUAAACAGCUUAAAGAUAAAGACUCACAACUGGAGAAUCAGAUCAAACUGCUGAGAGAGAAAGAGACUCUACUGGAGAUCACAGUGAAAGAGGAGGAAAGCAGUAAAAAGCAGCUGGAGACUCAGAGAAAGGAACUGCAGGACAAGAGCAGCAAACUACAGGAGAUGAUGAUCCUACUGGAACACAGAAAACUGAACUCACCCGUCAGCAGAAAGAGUUUAGAAGAGAAAGAACAACAACUUAAACCACACAGGUAG